CUAUUUUGGAUUCACGUGUUAACAUUUGCUUAUAAAACAUAUUGCUAGAAACAAUAUAAUAUAUUACUAAAGUUCUGUUGAAGUUAGUAGAGUAGUUGAUAUUAUAGUGAAUCUAUUUCGUUGGUGUGCUUAAAUAUAUUUGAUAUAUUUUAAAUAUAAAAAUAUGGCAACUACUACAGUUGUUAAAGGAAAGCCUAAAUCUGGACGUUCUUGGAAAUCUGAUAGAGAUAGGUUUUCCUCAGUCAAGAAAACAAAAGGCAUCCGCAAAUCCUUUGAAAAGAAGCAAAUUCUUCGUCAGGAAUUAAAACGCACAAAAGAAGCCUCUAGAGCAAUUUUGCAAAAAAGACAAGAAGAAAAGGAAGAAAAAAGAAAAAGGCGUGAAGAAAAUUUAAAGAGGCAAGAAGAAAAUAGGAAAAAGGCUGAAAUCGUACAAGUUAUUAAAAAUGUUGCUAAAAUCAAGAAAAUGAAGAAGAAACAGCUGAGAUCCAUCGAGAAGAGGGAUACGCUGAAUAUGUAAAAAGAAUGGUUGGUGUUAAGUUUUAUUUAUAAAGACUCUUUAUAAGGAAUUUUCUUUAUAAAGAUGAGUCUUC